AUGUUCGCUUUGCGCGGCUUCCGCGCCUUCGCGAAAGCGGCGCCGGCUGCGUCGGCUGCCGCCGUCUGCACAGUGAAGGGCUCCGCCUCCGACUAUAUCGCGCAGACGCAGGUCGAGUCCACGGCUGGCGUGGACUGGCCGCGCAACGCCGCCUUCGCCGCCUUUUCUGGCCUCUACCUCGGUGUGGGGCAGCAUCUGAUCUACAACAGAGCAUUUACGGUGCUGUUUGGGAGCGGCCAGGAUCUGCGCACCGGACUGAAGAAGGUGCUCGCGGACAGCCUCGUGCACGUUCCGCUGAUAUACCUGCCGCUCUACUACCCCUUCAAGAGCGUAGUGCUCGGCGAGGGUAGUUUUCUCGACGGGCUAGCCCGCUACCGCGCCGACGCCCACGACGUGCUCACCACGUACUGGAGCAUCUGGCCGGCGCUGCACCUGGUCAACUUCACGCUCACGCCGCCUGAGCUGCGAAUCAGCCUCGUUGCGGCCGUGAGCUUCGGUUGGCUCGUUUAUUUGUCGUGGCGCUCGCACGCCGAUGAGGAGGUGUCUGGCAGUGAGGAGCACACCACAGCUGCGCUGCAUGGCGGUGGGUAG